AUGGUUCUCAAAAACAAGCUCUCCCCUUCUCCCCAAUUCUGCGUCGUUCGAGCACAGAUUACACUUCCUAUGGUCAUAGGUACAGUCCUUGCAUUUACUUGUGCUGUUACAACUUGCCGCAAGCGACAUCUCAAAUGCGACGAAGCCAAACCCAUCUGUGGGCCUUGUGCCAAAGUUGGCCGGCAGUGCGACUAUACUCAAUCGUCCUGUCCUCCCGCCGAUCCACCUGUCGAAGAUGAAGCAAUCGAGCCCUCAGCAGACACAGAAGCCACUGCGCCUUUUCUUUCGUCUAUACACGACACAAGCAUUAAUGAGUCUCCGGAUCUAACAUCUCAUGAGCAAACAGACCCUACCGUGCUCCCAUGGGCCAAUCAUAGUCAACCCGCCCUUCAUCCGCUCGACCAACUAGCCGCCAUUGUCGCGAUUGACCACAGUUCUACCUUUGCUAGUAACAUACCAACCUCCUCGCAGUAUCCAUCGGACAUUCCUCAUUCAGUGUCGAGCUCCAUCGAGUCGCCCGGACCGACUAUAAACGCCGCGGCUGUGAGAUGGUUCGAUCUGCUAGCAAAUGACGCCGUCCGUGAAACGCCCCAGAUUUCGAGCAUCAUCGGUUACGGACAAGACGUACUCGAGGAGACAGAUGUAUCGCAGAUUACACCAUUACAGCGGGCCACACGUAUCGUGGACCGAACUCAUGUCGAUGACGACACCGUGCAGCCAGGUCUAAGUUCAGAACAAUCAACAGGCAACGCUAUACAAUUGGAGCAAAAUGUGCAUGCAAUCAACUCGCCUACCAGUGCUUCUCUUGAAGAGAGGCUUUGGCAAGCCCAGGAGACUAUUCAGCUUCUUCCGCACGAGUACACCCUCUUCGAGAACUUUGUCCAACGAGUCAGCCCAUGGAUCGACAUCUUCGACCCAACAAGCAAGUUCUCGACCUUCGUGCCUCACCUUGCGAUGCGCAACGCUGGACUGUUGAAUGCAAUUCUAGCACUGUCUUCUCGUCACCUCUUACUCAACGCAGGAGACGCUUCACACGACCAGCCUCAUCGCGGUACUCCACUGCAGUACUACUAUCAGACAUUACACUACGUCCAGAAAGCUAUGCAGUACUCAAGCUACAAGACUAGCUUGGAACUUCUUGCUACUGUACUGAUCAUCUCCACUUACGAAAUGCUGGACGAUUCAAGCCAGGACUGGCAGCGGCACCUCGAAGGCGUCUUCCUAAUUCAACGUUCACAAGUGAUAUAUGGAGACUCAGGUGGGCUUAAAAGCGCGGUCUGGUGGGCAUGGCUCUGCCAGGAUGUGUGGGCAGCGUUCCGUGAAAGACGGAAAACCCUGACCUUCUGGGUUCCGAAAAAGACGUAUGCAGACCUGACCCCGUCCGAAAUUGCUGCUCGCUCGAUGUUUAUCCUCUCGAAAGUUAUCAAUUACUGCUCACGAGAGGAAUGUGCUCUGGCAGAAGUGGAUAUACAGUCUAGGAUUAAUAGGGCAAAGCAUCUGCGCGGUAUGCUCGACGAGUGGUGGAGGCAUUUGACUGUCGAGUUCACUCCGCUACCGUCAAUGUCUAACAGUCACCCAGCGGCCUUCCGGCCUAUAUGGAUUCGAACACCAGCAUUUGCCGUCGCCGUUCAACUGCACUGCGUGGCUCAUAUUCUGCUCUGCUCGCACGAGCCUUGUAUCGGUGGGUUAGAUCGUUAUCUCGAGCGGCAGACAAGAAUUUGGCAAUGUGUCGAAAUUAUAGGCGGGAUCGCCAUGACUCUCAAGGACGAUUCGUCGUCUUUAAUAUCAUCGCAAUGCUUAUUCAUCGGGUAG